GCUACCAUGUCUCUCGUCCAGGGCUACUCAUCCGACGAAGACGACGGCGUUCGCGUGCCCACGAACGAUGCUUUCGGUCUCGCCAACCUACCAGUGGCAAAAAAGCUGCGCGUCGAAGACUCGCAGCCCUCUACGUCUCUUGUACCAACAUCAGCGCCCGAUGUGCUUGCGGAGGACCCAUUGCACCAAUCAACCUUGGUCACUCGGCCCACGGACACACAAAUCCAUGUCAAUAUUCCGUACCAAGACAUGAUGCUGCCCGUGCAAGGGCCGGAGAACCCUUUCGGUGACCGGAACAGGUUUCUCAACCAGAACGCGCUCGCCGGACACGUAGAGGAGCAGUCUAUGUCAGAGCAUGCGUUCCGACAGCAAUACCUGACGCAUUCCAUCCUUGGCUACUCAGCCAACCCUUCGGUGGACCCCAAUGCACCCGCGAUCCUUGGUUCUGUCGAGAAGGCGCAAGAGAACGGCUUCGCUACCAUCGGCAUGACGAAGGCACCGAAGGCGAAGAAGAACGAGCUCAAGCGGAAGCGGAAACCGAAGGGUGACUUGGAUGUGGUGGACGGCGAGGGUGCGUAUGAGGGACCGUGGGCGACGUGGUCGGGCGACAGGCUCGACACGGCUGUGCCUGAUGCCGCAGGUGCCGCGGGGGAGUCCGAAGAGGAGGAGGAGGAGGAAGAGGAGGAAGAGGUCCAGCCGAGGAAGGCGAAACCGAAACGCGGCGCACCCGGGUUGGAGUCGACCGUGUUCCAUGGCAAGUCCAUGCACGACUACCAGGGCCGGACGUACAUGCACCCACCACUCUCCGAGGCGCCGCAACUGCAGCAGGAGCCAGGGUCUCAAGAAUGCUUUAUACCCAAGGUUUGCAUCCAUACCUGGACAGGGCAUACGGGAGGCGUCUCCGUCGUCCGCUCGUUCCCCAACACUGGUCAUCUGCUCCUAAGUGGGUCGAUGGACACCAAGAUCAAGCUUUGGGAUGUGUACACCCAUGGCAACUGCCUUCGUACGUUCCAUGGACAUAUGAAGGCAGUCAAGGAUGUCACGUUCUCGAACGACGGGCGCAAAUUCCUAUCCUGUGGCUACGACCGCCAGAUGAAGCUCUGGGACACAGAGACUGGCCAAUGCCUGAAACGGUUCAGCAACGGCAAGAUACCGUACGUGGUAAGGUUCCAUCCUGACGAGGACAAGCAACAUAUCUUCCUCGCGGGUAUGUCCGACAAGAAGAUCAUCCAGUACGACAUGAACUCGGGAGAAAUCACGCAAGAAUACGACCAGCAUCUCGGGCCUGUCAACUCGAUCACCUUCGUGGACGAGAAUAGGCGGUUUGUCACCACGUCAGACGACAAGACCAUCCGGGCAUGGGACUUCGACAUCCCCGUCGUCAUCAAGUAUAUUGCAGAGCCGCAUAUGCACUCGAUGCCCGCUGUCACUCUGCACCCGAGCAAGAAGUACUUUGCUGCGCAGAGCAUGGACAACCAGAUCCUGGUUUACAGCACAGACAACUUCCGCCAGGCCCGCAACAAGCGUUUCGCCGGCCACUCCGUUGCAGGUUACGCGUGCCAAGUGGGCUUCUCUCCCGACGGUAAGUGGAUCAGCAGCGGAGACGGCGAGGGCAACGUCGUGUUCUGGGAGUGGAAGACGGGACGAAUCAAGUCGCGUCUCAGGGCCCACUCAAAGGUGGUUAUCGCGCACGAGUGGCUCCCGCAUGAAACGUCCAAGGUUGUUACGGGCUCCUGGGACGGUUUGAUCAAACUCUGGGACUGAUGGACGCUGUGGCUCGUAUCGUAUCUAUCCCUCGCGGCCGUGUACAACAUACGAUCUAUACAAGACAUGUCGAGAUCUC